CCCCAUAUAGCCAAAGAAGUUUCGGAGAAGAUGAUUUCUAAGAGGCCAUGAACAUUUGAGCGGCAGCUCCUCCGAAUCAGAAGAGAAGAAGGUCAGCCUCAUGAGCCUUGAUUUUUUUUCCCCGGAAAAAUUGUAUUUCUUAGUGCAAAAUUCUACGCAGUAGACGUUCUGAGACUGCUUUUUUUUUUUUCUUUCUCAGGAAAUAAGAUGAUAGGUUUUAGUUUAUCUUUACUUAUUAGGGUUUUUAAUUAAGUUUCUGAAUUUUAAACUACAAUUAUUUUUGGGAUUAAUUUGUACGUAUACAGGGGAUCUUUUUUAGUGUUUUCUUUUAGUUUGGAAUCUUUGGAUCGCCUAAGACGAAUUGAGGUUGCUGUUUACCCCUUUUUUUUUUCCUUCAAUUUGUUCGGAAGUUUCCUAGGCUUUUUUUCGAGAUUUACACAUUUACGUUAGCCAUCGAUUGGGUUAGGGCCGGAUCUACAGAGGGACUCGGUGGUCCCGGGAGCCACGGGAGAAAGGCUUGAGAGGACCUCCGAGCACUCCCCAAUUAUAUGUGCAGGUUGUGCUGGCUGAAUUUAGAUGCAAUGUCUGCGGCACGGUGGCUACAACUCGCGAAGAAGAGGAGUUGUUUUGCUUUAUCUUUUGAAACUCAACACGCCGACAUUUUAAAGGCUUGAAUUUAAUAAAACGCUGCGUAGGGAGAGUUGUCUUUGUUCGUUUUAAAGGAUUGACUUUAAUAAAAUGCUGCUGUUGUUUUUAUGAACAAAUAAUGCUCUAUUUGUCUGCAAGAGCAUUUCGUUGCUGCAUAAAUUACGUAUAAUGAUUAGUAAAGUGUUUAAUUUUGUGACGAUGAGUUAACAAAAACAAAUUCGUAUGUUGAGGUUUAUAAAUGUUGAAUUAAUAAGCAUAGUAUGUGUACAACUGCUAGUUAAUUAAAAAGAGAAGCAAGUUAAUACGUUGUUUAAUUAAGUCAAAACAGGUCAGUUCAAGUCCAGUGACCACUGGUGUGAUGAAUAUCUGCUGCAGCAAUUUGAAUCUUUGGAGGAAUUUGGUGAAGUAUAUAUAUAUAUAUAGAGGUCAAACCCAAUGAAGAAAAGUUGUGAUUUGUGCUUGGAUUUAAGGCCAGUUGUGUACUGUAAAGCCGACGCUGCACAUCUUUGCCUUCCCUGCGAUGCAAAAGUCCAUUCUGCUAACCCAAUUGUCGACUCCCAUCAGCGAACCCUCUUAUGCGAUUCGUGCAAAUACCGUUCAGCCGACGAUCAGUGUUUGGAUCACCGGAUGUUUAUGUGCCGCGUAUGCGACCAGAGCCUGCACCGGCACUCUUCACGGCCGCAUCAGAAACGGACCAUGAUCAGCAGUUAUACCGGUUGCCCAUCCGCCAAGGAAUUUGCAGCAUUUUGGGGGUUCCAACUGAAUGAGAAUCUGUCCACCAGUACUGGCAGAAAUGUGAUAUCUUCCCAUGGAGAUGGAGGUAAAUAUCAGAAAAGCUCUUGUAACAGUUUUAUUCUGGAUCAGAUUCUUGAUUUGAAAAGGCUUCAGCUGAGUGAGGAGAAUAACCCUAAUUCAUUUCUGGUAUCUGCUCAUGAUCAACAAAGUCAUGAUAAACGUUCUUCAGUGCAUCAUCACAACAGUGCUACUUCAAGCCGGAAAUUCGAAUGUAAUGAAGAACUUCCAUUUUAUACAGAAUCAUCUUGGCAUUGCAGAAGUCCAGUGCAAAAUAGUCAGCUGUGGUCUCAGAAUAUGCAAGAUCUCGGGGUUUGUGAAGAACAAACUUACGAUCAUGCUGAUCUCAAUACGCCUGACGUUGAUUCGACGUUCCGAAACUUCGAGGAGUCAUUUGGAGCUGAUCAAUAUGUAUCAUAUGAGGGCCAUGCUAGAGCAAAGGAGAAGUACGAUUACAAAUGCAGAGCCGCAAUUCAUGAAAGUUAUGCUGCAAAUUCAAAGGGAAGAUAAUCCAUUAUUCUCUUGGGCGGAAGUUAAGUAUUUGCUCUUACCAUUCAUAGAAGCUAUAAGAUCCAACACAUUUCUCGUUAUCUAUCUUAGUGACGAGUAUUCCAUGAAUAAAAAAUAGGAGAUAGUGUUUGUUUUUCAUUUAUGUACUAGUAUAAUGUACACAACAUAUGAAAGGGUACGUGACAUACUGGUUGUACAAAGUUCACUGCCUUAAUUAAGGAAUUACUUACGUGAGUGUGCCUCAUUGUCCACCCAAUUUUAAUAACGGAUUUCACCAUACACAUGUUAUAAUCGAGUUCUUAAUUCAUAUUUAAAGAUCAACUUUGUAAAAAACAAUCAAGUUGAAGAUAUUUUAAUCAUCAGUAUCAUGAGAAUCUUAUUUGUUA